CAAAUAAACAGAAUAAGAAAAUACAAUUCUUAUUUGACCAUUAUAUAUGUGAAAACAUGCAUACUAGCUACACUAAAUGCAAGUAAGAUAAACUGACCCACAAAUGGCAGUAGCCUCACUCCUCUUUCAAAUUUUUGCAACCACCAUCAUCAUCUUCUUCACCCUAAUCAGCAUUGCAGAAGCAACAAACCUACCAAAUUUCUCAUCCAUUCUUGUUUUCGGGGACUCCACAGUUGAUACUGGCAACAACAACUAUAUUCAAACAUUCUUUCAAGCCAAUCAUACACCAUAUGGUCAAGAUUUUCCGGGUCGCAUUCCGACAGGAAGAUUCUCCAAUGGAAAACUCAUUCCUGACUUUAUAGCAAGUUUACUAAAUAUCAAACAGACUGUUCCUCCUUUUCUUGAUCCGACUCUUUCAGAUGAUGAGCUCCGAACCGGCGUUUGUUUCGCGUCAGCGGGAACGGGAUAUGAUGAUUUAACAGCGGCUGAGGCUCGAGUUAUCUCCAUGCCGGAGCAACUCGAGCUUUUCAGAAACUAUAUGUCGCGGCUCAAACGGAUUGUUGGAGAAGACGAGAGCAAUAAUAUAAUUUCGGGUUCUUUGAUAAUUGUCAGUGCUGGUACUAAUGACUUUGUUUAUAACUAUUAUGAUGCACUUACAAGAAGGAUUCAGUUCGACAUUAGUGCUUAUCAAGAUUAUCUGCUCACUAUUCUUCAGAACUUUAUCAAGGAAUUAUACAAUUUAGGAGGGCGUUCAAUAGUCAUUGUCGGGCUUCCUCCAGUUGGAUGUCUGCCCUUACAAAUUACAGCAACAUUCAAAAAUUCUAUGGGAAGAAAUUGUUUGGAAGAUCAAAAUUCAGAUUCUCAAGCUUAUAAUGUGAAGCUUACAAAGCUUCUAAGUGAAAUACAAGCAUCGGCUCCAGAGAGUUUAAUGGUCUAUGCAAAUGUCUAUGAUCCAUUGAUUGAUAUGAUUAAUCAUCCACAAAAAUUCGGUUUGGUGGAGACGAGCAGAGGAUGCUGUGGGUCGGGGUUAGUAGAAGCAGCAUCCUUUUGCAACGCAGCAACUCCUAAAUGUGACAUGCCAACUCAUUUCCUCUUCUGGGAUGCGAUUCACCCGAGUCAAGCUGCUUAUAAAUCUCUCUCUGCCUCCCUUCAGAAACACCUCAUUCCUAUUUUAUCGCCUUAAUUUCCUCAUUAGGCUAA